AUGUCCGCCCCAUCCGCCUCAACAUCGGCUGCGAUCCCCCCCGCCCCCGCCGACGACGAACGCCUGCUCAUUUCCGACCAGAAAGACGCCUCCUCCAUCUGGGCCAUCAAAGUCCCAAACUUUCUCCUCAGGCGCUGGGAAGAAGUUCAAGAAGGCGGAAUUGAACUUGGCCGCUUACUGGUAGACAACUCUACCACUCCACCCAAGGUCACUCUUCGUUUAACGCACCCGAAUGAACACGAGGUCGAAGGACAGCGAGCAAAGCGGGCGAGAUACGACACUGAAGGGAUCCCAGACGAAUUCGAUGUCAACAUCCCGGUCGAAAGAUCAAAGAAUACAUAUGUGUUCUCAGAGACGAAAAAGGUGUAUGAGAAGGGAAGUGGAAGUGGCGCCGGGGAUCGUGGGGCGGGAGGGGAGGACGUCAAGCCCGGGGUGAAAGCAUAUGUGCCGCGGGAUGCGUGGGGAAGAAAGAAGCGGGACAAGGCGAACCCCAAGUUGGUGGCUAGAGUUGACCAUGAAGGGCAUGUUCAGCCUGUACGCAAUGCAAAGUACUUGCAGCUGGUCAAAGAGCGUGGUCUGGAUGCGGAAAAGUCAAAGAGACCGAUUGUGCGAAUGGAGGACACUGGACUUUCUCAAGCAGAGCAGAACCAGCUGGCGAGUGGUUUCAAGAGCGCCAACUCCAAGUUCGGCAGCAAUAUGAUUCUCUCAAACAAACCGUCUGGAGAACGUUUCGCUCGUCUCGAACGCCACGAGCUGACCGACCGCAUCUUUCAUUGUUUCCGCGACCACCCCUACUGGUCUCUUACGUCUCUUAAACAGACUCUUGAACAGCCGGAAGCGUGGUUGCGUGAAGUGCUCAAAGAUGUGUCGGAGCAGGUUAAGGAUGGACAGUACCAAGGGUACUGGCAGCUGAAGGCCGUUUGGAAGGAAGGAAAUUGGAAUGGUGCUCAGGGCGAGGGUGUCAAGGGUGAAGUGAAGGAUGAGGAUGGGCUUGAGCCUUUUGUGAAGCCUGAAAUUAUGGACGAGGACGAGGACGAGGACGACGACGACGACAUGGAAGAGGUCAUGUAG